AUGCUAGAGUUUUACCUUAUUAUCCCUUGCCUUUUUUCGACGAUACAGUUUCUCAUCGGGGUUUUAGCAAACGGCCUCACUGUUGUGAACGGCACCGAGUUGAUCAAGCAGAGAAAGAUGGUUCCGUUGGCUCUCCUUCUUUCCUGCCUGGCGAUUGCCCAGAUUUGUCUGCAAUCGGUCAUCUUCUACAUCAAUCUGGCUAUCCUCCUCUGGAUCGAAGUCCCUCUACUUAUUGAGAAUUUUUUAAUCUUCAUGUUUGUAAAUGAAUUGGGACUGUGGUUUGCCUCGUGGCUCGGAGUUUUCUAUCGUGCCAAGAUCGCUCCUAUAGCUCACCUACUUUUCUUCUGGUUGAAGAUGAGGAUAUUGAAGCUGGUGCCGUGGCUGGUCCUAGGGUCCCGGCUCUAUGCAUCCGCCCCCUCUGUCUUCUACAACAAACAUACAGGGUUUUUUUCCCAACAAGUUUUUUUGGGUUUUUUCUCCCCAAACACAACAACCCAAAUCAAAGAGAAGUCUGCCUUACAGAUCACCUUUCUUGUGAGGUUAUCAUUGCCGCUACUCAUCUUCCUCGCGUCUGCCCUGCUCUUGAUAUUUUCCCUGGGGAGACACACCUGUCAGAUGAGAAACACGGCCAUGGGCACCAGGGUCCCUAGCACGGGUGUCCACAUGAGAUCGCUGCUGUCCGUUCUGUCCUUCCUGGUCCUCUGCGUCUCCCACUACAUGACAGCUGCUUUGCUCUCUCUCAUUUUUAAGCUCAGGAGUCUCAUGUUUUUGUUUUGUGUCUGGGUGUUUGGGUCCUUUCCCUACGGACACUCUAUGAUUUUAAUUUUAGGAAGUCCUAAACUGAAACAAAAUGCAAAGAAGCUCCUCCUUCACGGGAAAUGCCUCGAGUGA